AUGCCGAUGAAGGGUAGCUUCCCUAUCCGCCGCACGCUGCAGUACUUGAGCCGCGGGGACGUGAUAUUCAAGGACUCGGUGAAGGUCAUGACCGUGAACUACAACACGCACGGGGAGCUGGGCGAAGGCGCCAGGAAAUUCGUGUUUUUCAACAUCCCUCAGAUCCAGUAUAAGAACCCUUGGGUGCAGAUCAUGCUGUUUAAGAACAUGACGCCAUCACCCUUCCUGCGGUUCUAUCUAGAUUCUGGGGAGCAGGUGCUGGUAGACGUGGAGACCAAGAGUAAUAAAGAGAUCAUGGAGCACAUAAAGAAAAUUCUGGGCAAGAAAGAAGAGACCCUCAGGGAGGAGGAGCUGGAGAAGCAGCAGCGAUCUCAUCCAGCCAACUUUGGUCCCCGCAAGUACUGCUUGCGGGAGUGCAUGUGCGAAGUGGAAGGUCAGGUGCCCUGCCCUGCCCUGGCGCCUUUACCCAAGGAGAUGACAGGGAAGUACAAAGCUGCUCUGAAAGCCAGCACUUAGGUCUGAGCAAUAUCAUUUGGGAUGGACUGAUGGAAUUCUCUGCAAUGGAAAGGCCUGCUUGCAUGCCCAUUUAAAGGACAUGGGGAGAAGGAUAGGGUUGCCAGCUGCUGAACAGAUGUCAAUAAAAAGUUUUAGUCUUCCUAUA